GCUCGGUGUGUGCGGCAAAGCGAGGAAAGUCACAUUUUAUAAGUUUUUGUUGUGAAUUUGGACAGAAAAUGUCUUCGUGAAGAUGUGGGGACCUUUUUCUAUUAAAUCUCAGGAGUGCUUCGGUUCUUCGGGACUGCAGGAAGAGCGUCCAGCAGUUCAAGCAACAACAAACGCAUUUUAUUAUUUCGUAACCGCGUGACUAUCACGAGACAACCGACCAAAUAACUCAGUUGAAACAAACAUGUCGCUCAGAACGCCAGCCUUAAUAUUGUUAGUCUUGCUAUCUGCCUUUGCAUUUGGCUCUCGUGUCACGCAGGAGAAGUUACCAAGGGAUCAACUUUUCAAAUAUGAACUAGAAUGCAGCGCUCCCGCUGUUGAACGAGCCACAUUAUUCUCGGAGUGCGUUCCUUACAAUGAGCAGAAAAGUUGGCCGUCGCAUUGGGCUCGAUGCAAGUGCGCCAAGUGCGUUAACAACCUCUCGACUGUGCUUUUGUGCGGCCAAGAUGGAAUGUGGUACCGACAUCCUGACGAAACAAAACCACCGUGCGAUGAUUGCGAAAAAUGUCUUACAUUCAUAAUCAGAGAAGGCUACGACUGCCCCGAGAAAUGGGAAAAAGGGGACACAAAUCAGUGCACUUGCAAACACGACUGCUUGACCUACGAGGUCACGUGCACCUGCAAUCUAUUCUGGUCGUAUUCGAUGAGGAAAACCACCACUGGCUUUGCAGAUUGCAAUAGUCGAUCGAAAACAAUUUUACUGGACAAAGAUGAAAUUCAAAGGUACGUUUUCCGAGACGGUAUUGCCACAGUUGAGUGCAAGGACGGGUACAAAAUAGAAGGAGCAGAAAAUGUUUUUGAUUGCAAGGAAGGAAAACUGAACGGCACCCUUCCUCGCUGCAUUAAACUAUAAAGGCCUGCUCGGGUUUUUAUUUUUUUAUUUAAACGCAAAGGCUUACCCCCAUCAAUUUCAAUAAACCCUUUUCAACUGUGAAUAAAAUGCGCGGGGACAAUACGGAUAAUUAAG